UGGAUUCGAACAUUAGGAUUCUAAUUAUUCGAAGUGUUUGCUGUUUGGUUUGCACUUUGCAGAAAUUGCAGAUUGAAGACUGAAGUACUUAAAAACCAUUUCGGCAUCUCCAGAAACUGCAUUAAAAUCUCAACAUGUAUUCCACCGUAGUCGACCCGAAACCACAUCAAAUGAUGACAUGCCCUUAUAACAAGGCCCAUCAGGUCGAACAUUACAGAAUGCACAUACAUCUGCAAAAGUGCCGGAAGCAAUACCCGAACUUGCCCAAAGUGUCCUGCCCAUUCGACGCCACGCAUGUGGUCAAUGACGCUGAGCUGGAUUUCCACGUUUCAACGUGCCCGAAGCGUUUCCUGUUCGACACGCAAAAGUACGUGGUUGAAGACGAGGUGGUGCCGCGCGAGCUACCGCCAAUACCCGUGGUUCAGACUGACGAAAAUUGGGAGGAGGAGCCGUGCACAUCGUACAAACCGGACAUGUCCAAGAAAGGGCCGCACAUCAUCACCAAGAUCAAGGGCGCUACGCCCUCCGAACGCCGCCAGGCCAGGAUGGAGGGCGUCAAGAACUAUCGCCCUAUGCCUUCCACCUCAGAGCAAGAUUAACCCAGUUAGGCUGCCGUUCCAUUAACACAUUCACUGCCCCGGACGCACAUGUGCGUUCACUGUCAUACAGGGUUGUUCCUAGGCCACGCCCCCUGGCAGUGAAUGCGUUAAGGCGAAGAUGAGAGCGGUAGGCUUGUGCCUGCUCGGUCACUACAGAGAGUGCUUCGCUCUCGGUCAAUCGGUCAAACAAACUAGUUCGGUCUUUUAGUUCCUUUAGUUCAGUUCGGUCAUGAGAGCUGGAAUGAAUAUGAAUUUUACAGUAGUUUUUUUAAACCUUUGGCAACUGAAUUACGAUUCAAGUUGUACGGUUAAGCAUUAACACAUUCGGUGCCGAGAACACGAAUUUCGGGUAUUUUAUGAUUUCGUUCCCCGCCCGGACGUUAUGAUUUCGUUCCCCGCCCGGACGAUUGUUGUGGCCUGGCGCGGAUGUCUUGUUUGCCUGGUUGGCAAUGAAUGUGUUAUUUGAUUUUUCUUCAUACUUUUCAGCUUUACGACUAUUUGUCACUCUUUUAUCUCGUCCGCACUCGUGCCAGCGUCAUUGUGAACCAUUUCGUUCAGUUUAUUUUGUUUUUCACUCAUGUCAAGCGCUCACCAAUCCCACUGAACUAAAGGACCUAAAGACCGAUUAAGAGCGUGCAAAAAGAUUUAGUUCCUUUCGGUCCUUUAUGGGAUUUCAUUCUUAACAGUUCUUAGUUCAUGAC